CGCGGUUUCCCAACUCGUCGGCGCCUCGAGCCUGCAGUCCGGCCCGUCCCGGGGUUCGUUCUCGAACGCCUCGGAAAACGGUUUCCUUUCCUCCGCCCAUCGACCCGUCUGGCCCGACUCAACGGAGCGUCGAAGGAGGAGAAGUUAUAUUCGCCGCCGCCGCCGCAACUCACCCUCUUGGCGGACAUGUUGAACUCGUUGGCCAAAGGUAGGCGAAUAACCGACAUUUCACACUUUCCCACCAGCCCCGAAGGAGUCCGCCUGCUCGGAGAGGCCAAUCAGAUGCGCCUACUGGUACUCCCUUCUGCUCUUCGACGUCAUCCUGCUCGUCUGCGUCUACAUCCUCAUCCACUACCUCAACAAACGUCAGACCAUCGGAGUGACCAGACACUAUCCGCUCAGGUCUCGCGUCAGAGCCAAGAUGUUCCACCAGUUCUUGACGGAGACCAGAUCGGACGCCUUGACGCCCAUGCAAGGUAA